ACACACAUUUUAUUAUCUGAUAUCUGCGACACACGGAGACUUCCUGUUAAACAGAAAGUAAACUUUGUGCGUGGGCGUGUUUGGGAGCUGCAGGUGUGUCCAGGUGUGGGUUCGUUGGGUCAGCCGAGGAUUUAACGGGACUUUGUGUCGGUUUGAGUUGUUUUUAAAGGAGGAUGAAGACGCUGGUGGUGUUCCUGCUCCUCAUGAACGUUUCCCAGCAUGCCUCGGCUCUGGAGGUGUAUGAGGGGGUGGAGUCUGUCCUGCUGCUCUGUCAGGACUCUUCAGUACCUGCACGUCCAACUCUGAUGUGGACACGCCACGACCUCGAUCCUCCGAUUGUCCACGAGCGUAACCCAGCAGGAGAUGAACUGAGAGCCCAAAACCAGCGUUACAGGAAAAGAACGUCCAUGAAGACGGACUCUCUGAGGACCGGAGACUUCAGCCUCACUCUGAGGAACCCCAUCAUCUCUGACAGCGGCACCUACACCUGCACCGUCACUGCAUAUGGAAACACACGGACACUGACAGCAGUAGAGCUGCAGGUCAAAGUGUCCCACCAAGUCUUCACCCUGGAGGUGUACGAGGGGGCGGAGUCAGUCCUGCUGCCCUGUCACAUCCCGUUUGUAUCUGGACCCACCACAGUGGUGUGGAGCCGCUACGACCUCAAUCCUCCAACCGUCCACCAGCGUCUGCAGGAAGAGGACGAGCUGACAGAUCAAAACCAGCGUUACAGAGACCGAACAUCCAUGAAGACUGACGCUCUGCAGACUGGAGACUUCAGCCUCACUCUGAGGAAACCCCACAUCUUUGACAGCAGCAACUACACCUGCACCAUCAGAGUGAGGGGAGAAGAACCCAGACUGACAGAUGUUCAGCUGCAGGUCAAAGAGCCGUACAUGUUCCCAGCUGAGGCCUCGGUCCUCCUGGCCUUCCUGCUUGUUGCACUUGCUGUCAUUGUGGGUCUUUCGGUAUAUGUGAGGAGAUUACUCAACAAAGCCUCCCAGGUGGAGGUGGAGGAGGGGGUGGAGACAGUCUACCUACUUUGCAAAACCACACAAAACCUACCUGAAGACGCUAAAGUGGAGUGGAAGGACAACUAUAGAAGUUCGGACAACUACAGGAAGGUCCAUGUGUAUGAGAACGGCUCUGACCAGCCUGAAGAACAGCACCAGCGUUACAGAGACCGAACGAAGAUGAAUGAAGAGCUGCUGAAAACUGGAGACCUCAGUCUGACCCUGAAACACCCCACAGGCUGUGACAACUACACCUACACCUGCACCGAUGCUCUGACCAGUCAUGGAUCAGCAGAUUCAAUGUGUUCAAAGACUUUUGCUCAGACUCCACAGAAGCAGCUUCAUCUGACCAGGACUCCAUUUCCCAGCUCAGCACACUUUCCAGUUCAGUGGAGCCCAGUGGAUGGUGCUGCCUCUGCUGCCCUCAACCUCCAGCUCAGCCCCCCUCUGCUGGUCCCUUAUACCGCAGUGUUGAUGGAGUACUGCUCUGCUCCCACUGACCUCCUCCUGGGCCUCCAAAGGGUCUCCACCUGCACUGCUGGCUGUGCUACACCUCUGGAGAGGCCUCACCUCCACUGCUGA